CAUUGGACACUGCCAGCCGAAGAUGAAUAUGGAAAGGAAAAGCUAUAUCGUAGUUAUGGACUUCGUGACAAUGUAAACGGCUAGUAAGAGAAUGGCACAAGCGGCCCUAAUUAUCCUGCUAUCGGCAGCCAUGGGGAUACACGGAAGCAGCCAUCGGAUGUGUGGGGAGCAACUUGCCGACACAUUAAGUCUCGUAUGUAAUGGGUCAUUCAACAAACGUUCAGGCCUACAACAUGUGAAACAAGAUGAAAAGUUGACCGAUGUUUUCAAGCGUUCAGCUGACUCUGGAGUCGUUGAAGAGUGCUGUUUCCGGGAACAAGGAUGUACCUUAGCAACGCUACAGAGCUAUUGUGCUGAACCUGCUUUUUAUGACGAUGUGGACGAAACAGGAACUGUUGAUAACACGCAAGAACAGGCCACUGAUAUGUCACCAGUUCAAGGAGAGCAGAAUGAGGUGGUACAGGGCGAAACAACCACCGCCUCCGCUCCUUUACUCAAUUCCAGGGAGAGAGCAAUUGCCGCCCAUUUCCUACAGAUAUUUCGGUCCGGAGGCAGGAGCCGUGGAAACAGCAACAGGCGGCGGCCAUAUUGGUUCUUCUUACCGGGUCUGCAACUCGGUCAGAGAGCCACACGGAGACCAUACACGGUCAACACUCCCUAAAAUGUAUGGAAGGCAGACUGAGAUAAACAUUUGCAACUUAGUAAAUCUUGUCAUUGUGAGAGACACAAACAUUAGUCGUUCAAAACGACUUUGGAGAUGUCAGGAGGGAAAGUGAACUGUGAUAAAAGGCAGACAAGAUACAUGAGGACGUUUGUAAUAGGAUACUGUGUAAAUGACAACUGCAUGCAAAACAUUACUUAACAGUGAAGAAGACGUGUUGAAGACUUGUCGAAGUAAGCUUUUACCGAUAUGAAUAGGAGAAGCUUAUCUGUUUUUAAGGACCCCUGUCCCAGUACAGGCAGAUUACUAGAGAACUCUAUUUAUUCGUACAUACAGAAGAAUCCAUUUAAAUUCGUUAUUGAUGCAUUAGAAGUGUGACUUUGCCAGGAUGAUACUGUUGACCAGGUAGCUUAGAUGGUUACCGGCGUCAGUGUUGAGUUAAGAGGUCCAGGAUUCAAAUUCCUACUCUCGGCACACACUGUUGUCGAUGUUUCUUUUUUUAAACUUUCCGUAAUGUAUUGGAUCCUUUUCUCAAAUUAAAGAUAUUGCCGUGAAGGUGAUAAAGGUUUUCAUUUCAUAGUUACAGUUUUUAUCAGAGGUACAGGAAUCCUUAAUACAUAUUGUUAUACAUACAGUAUACUAAUCUGUAUUAUAUUAUAUAAUUCAUCUAUUAAGCCCAAUAUCUAUUUCUUCUUCAUCCUUUCACAAUCUCAUAC